AUGGUUCCUGAUGCCAGUCCCGCUCCCAAUCCUUCCCCCUCCACCUCCUCCGGUUCGGCCCCGGCGCUCUCUGCACUCUCCCCCGCGCCCCUCGCUGUCGCUGCUCUCACUGCGCCCUCGUUAGGCCUGGCACCGUCGUUGGCCGCAACUGCAGCACCUCCCAACAGCCAGCCAACCCGCGCAACCGCCUAUGCUUCCGUUGCCUCAGGUUCCAACCUGGCCCCCACGCUGCCCGCCUCGCUCUUCGCCUCGCCCACCCCGGGCGGCGCCCCCCGCAAUCUGCGGCGCGCGCGCACGGAUGCUGCUGCCCCGAUGCUUUUCCCCCUGCGCCGCCGCGCGGUUAUCAAUACCGUAGGAGAUCCCUACCGCGUGGCCCGCCGUGUGUAUGGCCGCCUGCUCUUCUCAUUGCCGUCACAGGAAGAUGCGGCGGCCUUCCGCAAACUCUUUCCCCUCACCCUCAAAGUCUCCAACUCCCGCCCCCUGCUGCUCAAGGUGUUUGAGGACAGGUUUGCAGCCUUCACUACUGCCAAGGCUGCCGGCGCACCCACCCUGUCCAUUCGCAACGUCCCUCUGGAUUUCGAUCCAGAGGACAUCCGCUCCUAUCUCCUCGGCUCCACCGAUUCUGACGGCGCGCACUGGCUGGCGGAUUUGACGGAUUUCCACCGUGUUUCAGACCCCUACGAGGACACAUACUUCACGCACCUCGCAGGGCUCCCAAUCGCUACCCCCGACGACCCGAACUUCGAACGCAUUCCAUCCGAAAUCCCGCUGGAAGAGAACAAGCCUCCCAUGGUGCUCAACUUCUCCAGCCACGUGUGCGCUUUGUGCGCCAACAACCACCGCGCGUCUGACCACGAGGCUUUCGCAGCCCGCCGCCGGCAGCGCCUCACGAACCGGAACGUGAUCUCGGUCGCGCAGCUGCAAAAGGCAAACGAGUUACAGUUCUCACUCACCCUGCUCUGUCCCAUUGCUGCCUCAUCCCCCUCUGCCCUCCCUGCUAGGCCACCUCACCUUCUCCCUACCUCUCCGCUCUGGUCCCCUCGUGCUCCCCAUUCUGCUCUCCAUUCCGACAUCUCCCCCCCCAUGCUACACUACCCCCUUGCUCUUCCAGAGCUACAGUUUUCACUCCCCCUGCUCUGUCCCAUUGUUGCCUCAUCCCCCCCCGCCGUCCCAGCUAUGCCACCUCACCUUGUUUCACUCAACCUGCUCUGUCCCAUCGCUACCUCAUCCCCCUCCGCCCUCCCAGCUAUGCCACCUCACCUUCUCCCUACCUCUCCGCUCUGGUCCCCUCGUGCUCCCCAUUCUGCUCUUCAUUUCGACAUCUCCCCCCCCCUGCUACACUACCCCCCCGCUCUUCCAGAGCUCCAGUUUUCACUCACCCUGCUCUGUCCCAGCGGUGCCUCAUCCCCCCUCCGCCCUCCCAGCUAUGCCACCUCACCUUGUCCUUACCUUUCCGCUCUGCUACGCCAUCUCACCUUCUCCUUGCCUCAUCGCUCUGGCCCCCUCGCGCUCCCUUUUCUGCUCUCCACUUCGAUAUCCCUCCCCCCCCUGUUACAUUACCUCCCCGCUCUCCCAGAGUCACAGCCCUCACUCACCCUGCUCUGUCCCAGUGCUGCCCCAUCCCCGUCCGCCCUCCCAGCUAUGUCACCUCACCUCCUCCAUGCCUCUCCGCUCUGGUUCCCUCGUGCUCCCCUUUCUAAUCUACAUUUCGGCAUCUCCCCUCCCCCGUUACACUACCUCCCGGAUCUUCCAGAGCUACAGCUCUCACCUCACCCUUCUCUCCCCCCACUCUCGCCCCUCCCUGCCAACAGCCCCCCCCGGGAACCCUCCUCUGUCUGCUCCCUCUCCCCCCGACUGCACUCUCCUCACCCCCCUCCCCCACAGCCCUCAGCUUUCCCCGCCCCCCUUGUGGCUGGGCACUUACUCAACCCUGCUCCCCUUUUGGCUGCUCCCCCCCGUUUCUGA